AUUUAUCUGGCCGUUAGGUUUUUGGUAGUAUAAAUUCUCUUGAAAAUGGAGCUUCGGCAGUCGCGGCGGCGGAGGAGUCCUAGAGGAGAGAGUCCAGCAGAGAAGGUGAUCUCAGGCGCGUCGAAAUGGUGGCCUUCAGGUUCCAUCAGUAUCAGGUUGUUGGAAGAGGUCUUCCAACGGAGACAGAUCAACAUCCGAAGAUUUACAGGAUGAAGCUGUGGGCGACUAAUGAUGUCCGCGCCAAAUCCAAGUUCUGGUACUUCUUGAGGAAGCUGAAGAAGAUUAAGAAGAGCAAUGGGCAGGUGCUCGCCAUAAAUGAGAUAUUUGAGCGCAAGCCGACUAAAAUCAAGAACUAUGGCAUAUGGUUGCGGUAUCAGAGCAGGACAGGCUAUCACAACAUGUACAAGGAAUACCGCGAUACUACUCUCAAUGGUGCAGUCGACCAAAUGUAUGAUGAGAUGGCUUCUCGUCAUCGCGUAAGGUAUCAUGGUAUUCAGAUAAUUAAAACUGCCACCAUACCUGCCAAGCUCUGCAAGAGGGAGAGCACCAAGCAGUUCCAUGACUCCAAAAUCAAGUUCCCGCUGGUGUUCAAGAAGGUCAGGCCGUCGAGCAGGAAGUUGAAAACCACCUUCAAGGCAUCUAGGCCAAACUUGUUUGCAUGAUUGGCAUCAGAGGCUUCUCAAAGUCUUGUAGUAGGUCUUUCCAGUAUCAAUUUUCUCCUCAGAUGAUGAACAUCAUACAUCAAGAACUGCUUGAGAAAUUUCAGUGUGAUUUUGGUAGUUAUUUUGCAAGUUAAAUUUGAUGGAUUGUGGUUUGGUUUUAUAA